UAGCAUGUAGCAUCAGGGAAUAGAUGGACUGGAGCCGCGCGCGUUAUCCCGCAAAAACCGCCCGAUUUAACCGAGAAAACACAAAAUUAUCACAGUGAAUCACGUUCGAGAGUGAAGACGAGACACGCGAAAUGCAGUGAUGAAGCGCGUGCGUACGGAGCAGAUUCAGUACGCUGUGGCUCAGUACUUGAAGAGGAGGCAGUAUGUGGACACCGACAGCUCACUGAAAACAGCCAAACUCUGCCAGACGCCGGAGGAGAUGGCAGCCAGCAUCACGGUGCAGACAGAGUCGGGCUGUGCGAACGUGGUUUCAGCGGCUCCGUGUCAGUCCGACCCUCAGCAGUACGAGGCUCAGUUCUCCAGACUUCACUCUUUUCUCUCAGACACAGAUCUCCCGUGGGCGCGGGAGGUGAGCCUGGUCCUCUUCCCGCUCUUCGUUUACCUGCAUCUGGACAUGGUUCGCUCCGGGCUGAAGUCCGCGGUGGACAGUUUCUACGGCCGCUUCCACUCGCUGUUCCUCCAGGAGCCCGAGCAGAGGCCCGUCGUGGAGCAGCUCCGACACGUCCUCUCGCCGCAGGACAUCAGCUCCAGCUCCAAACUCUCGGCUUUUCUGGAGAAUAAGUUUGUGGUUCGUCUGAGCGAGGCGGCGUACGGAUACCUGCUGCGAUACCUGCAGAGCGAGGACAACAGCGCCCUCUGCAGAGCACUGAGCGCGCAGCUGCAGCUCGAGGUGACCACGGCCCCGCGCACAGACUACCAGCUGUACGGGGCUCCGGGCGCCGCCGCCUCCGCCCCCAACGCGCUCUCGUCCUGGGCGGGGGUGGACGGGGCAGAGGGGGGCGCGGAGGGCGUGGAGGUCCCCGCGGAGAUCCCCCAGAACGAGGCCGCUCUAGACGCGCUCCAGGACGUCAUCAAGAAGGUCCGAGAAGGCCCGCCGUCCCUCACCACCGUGUGCUUCUACUCCUUCCACCACACGGAGGCGCUGCUGAACGCCGCCGAGGUCUCCCCCGACAGUCGGCUGCUGGCGGCGGGGUUCGACAGCUCCGCCGUGAAGCUCUGGAGCCUCCGAGCGCGGAAACUCAAAGCCAAACCGCACCAGGUGGACGUGUCGCGCAUCAGACUGGCCUGCGACGUGCUCGAGGAACAGUUUGAGGAGGAGGAGGUGAGCGGCAGUGAGAUCCAGACGCUGCGCGCUCACAGCGGUCCCGUGUACCGCACGUGCUUCCUGUCCGACAGCUCGGGGCUCCUGUCGUGCUCGGAGGACGCGACGCUCCGGUACUGGGACCUGUCCAGCUUCACCAACGCGGCGCUUUACCGCGGCCACACGUACCCCGUCUGGGACCUGGACAUCAGCCCGUCCAGCCUCUACUUCGCCAGCGCCUCGCACGACCGCACCGCGCGGCUCUGGACCUUCUCGCGCGCUCACCCCCUGCGGAUCUACGCCGGACACCUGGCCGACGUCGACUGCGUCAAGUUCCACCCCAACUCCAACUACAUCGGGACGGGCUCGACGGACAAAACGGUUCGCCUGUGGAGCACGCAGCAGGGGGCGAGCGUGCGCCUCUUCACCGGCCACCGCGGCCCCGUCCUGGCUCUGGCCUUUUCCCCCAACGGCAAAUACCUGGCGUCGGCCGGCGAGGACCAGCGGGUGAAGCUGUGGGACCUGGCGUCGGGGACUCUCUUCAAAGACCUGCGCGGGCACACGGACAGCGUCACCGGCCUGUCGUUCAGCCCCGACAGCAGCCUGGUCGCCUCCUCGUCCAUGGACAACUCGGUGAGGGUCUGGGACAUCCGGAAUUCCCACGGCGCCGCUCCCCCCGACGGAUCGUCCAGCGAGAUGGUCGGACUUUACACGGGGAACACCAGCAGCGUGCUCAACGUGCAGUUCAUGGCCUGCAACCUGCUGGUGGUGACCGGUACUGCGCCCGAGAAAUCAGAACAGUAAAAAUAAGACCAAAAAAAACUGGAGCUGGGAAAGAAUUACAGUCAAACUAAACUACGAUUUGCAAGUUAAAGCCCCAUUACGUCACAUUUCAGUCAGUUUAUGGCCUGACACCUGCUGGUGGCGAUCGGUACUGCACCCCAGAAAUCAGAACAAUAACUUCAUGGCAAAAAAACGUUUUGAUGUGGAGGAGGAGCGAGUAAUGGCACGUCUCAAACUAAAAAUAAUUAUUGAUUUGAUGUCAAAUUUAACAGUGCAAUUUAAAGCCCUAUUACGUCACAUUGCAGUCAGUAUAUGACCUUAAACCUGCUGGUGUCGACCGGUACUGCACCCAAGAAAUCAAAACAGUAACGUUAUGACCAAAAAAAAUGGAGUUGGAGAAGGAGCACAGUCAAACUAAACUAUGAUUUGCAAUUUAAAGCCCCAUUACGUCACAUUUCAGUCAGUUUUUGACCUUAAACCUGCUGGCGGCGACCGGUACUGC